AGUACAGAGCAGCAGUACAGUCGCCGAGACAAGCUGGAGAUAGCGAGAAUGGAGAAAUUUGCACAGCUGAGAGAAGCAAUAGAGAGAGUGGAGGUGGUAGACGCCCACGCCCACAAUAUCGUUGCUCUCGAUUCCGGCGUGCAUUUCCUUAGUUGCUUCUCUGAAGCCACCGGUGAAGAGGCUUUAUCCCAUGUGCCGCACACCAUUAACUUCAAGAGGAGUUUAAGAGAAAUAUCAGAACUGUAUGGCACAGAGUCGUCCUUGCCUGCCGUUGAAGAAUUCCGGCGUUCGUCCGGAUUGGAAGUGAUUACGGCGACGUGUUUCAAGGCUGCAAGAAUAUCAACUCUGCUCAUCGAUGAUGGAUUUGAAUUGGAUAAGAAGCAGGAAAUCAAGUGGCACGAGAAAUUUGUACCGUGUGUUAGGAGAAUACUGAGAAUCGAGCGUUUGGCCGAACAGAUACUUGACGAGGGAAGUCCAUCUGGAACAACUUGGACGCUGGACGCUUUCACUGAAAAGUUUGUGCAGAAGUUAAAAUCAUUAUCUGGUGAAGUUGUUGGCUACAAAAGCAUUGCAGCAUACCGCAGUGGUCUGGAUAUUGAUACCAAAGUCACAGUGGAGCAGGCUGAGAAAGGCCUUUACGAUGUUUUAGGAGUUGGAAGUCCUGUCCGCAUUGCAAAUAAAAACUUCAUUGAUUAUGUUUUCACUUGCGCUUUGGAGGUCGCCCUAUGUUUUGACUUACCAAUCCAGAUUCACACCGGUUUUGGGGAUAAAGAUCUUGAUUUGAGACUAUCUAAUCCCCUACAUCUCCGCAACAUUCUCGAAGACAAACGAUUCAGCAAGUCUCGGCUCGUGCUUUUACAUGCAUCUUAUCCUUUUACAAAGGAAGCAUCAUAUCUAGCCUCUGUGUAUCCUCAGGUCUAUCUUGAUUUUGGGUUGGCAAUUCCGAAACUAAGUUUCCAUGGGAUGAUAUCUUCAGUAAAAGAACUCAUGGAUCUUGCUUCAACAAGGAAGGUGAUGUUUAGCACUGAUGGCUGUGCAUUUCCUGAGGCUUUUUAUUUAGGUGCAAAAAAAGCACGGGAAGUUGUGUUUUCUGUUCUACGAGAUGCCUGUAUUGCAGGAGAUCUCUCAAUUCAAGAUGCUGUAGCAGCAGUUAAAGAUAUUUUUGCUGAUAAUGCGAAAGAAUUUUAUAAAAUUAAGGUUGCUGAAAAACCUAUCAAGUCGGAAGUUCUUGCUUUUGCUUCCAAUUUACCCACUGAAAUCAGUGCCUCUGGUGAAGAUCUGGUUCUUGUUCGCAUCAUCUGGGUAGAUGCUUCUGGACAGCAAAGGUGUCGUGUCGUUCCACGGAAACGAUUCCAUGAUGUUGUGAAGAAGAAUGGCGUGGGUCUAGCUUGUGCAUGUAUGGCAAUGACUUCAGCUGUUGACGGUCCUGCUGAUGGGACUAAUCUGAGCGGCGUGGGUGAGGUCAGACUGAUUCCUGAUAUGUUGACCAAAUACACAAUCCCAUGGGCAAAACAGCAGGAAAUGGUUCUAGGUGAUAUGCAUCUUACACCAGGUGAAGCAUGGGAAUAUUGCCCAAGAGAAGCACUAAGACGGGUUUCUAAACUCUUGAGAGAUGAAUUUAACUUGGUAAUGAAUGCAGGAUUUGAAAACGAGUUUGUUCUCUUGAGAAAUAUUGCAAGGGAGGAGAAAGAAGAAUGGGUACCUUUUGACACAAAACCUUAUUGCUCUACAUCAGCAUUUGAUGCCGUAUUUCCUAUACUUCAGGAAGUGACAUCUUCUCUGCAGUCCUUGAAUAUUACAGUGGAACAGCUACAUGCGGAGGCUGGAAAUGGUCAAUUCGAAAUGGCCUUGGGAUAUACAGUUUGUACUAAAGCUGCUGACAACUUAGUUUUUACACGUGAAACAAUUAAAGCUGUUGCAAGGAAACAUGGAAUCCUGGCUACUUUUUUGCCGAAGUAUGCAUUGGAUGACAUUGGCUCUGGGUCACAUGUUCACAUCAGUUUAUCUGAGAAUGGAGAAAAUGUAUUCAUGGCUCGAGGUGAAUCAACUGAGCAUGGGAUGUCCAAUGUUGGGGAGGAGUUCAUGGCUGGGGUGUUAACUCAUCUUCCUUCGAUUUUGGUAUUUACUGCACCAAUUCCCAAUAGUUAUGAUCGGAUACAGCCAAAUACAUGGAGUGGAGCAUACCUUUGCUGGGGUAAAGAAAACAGGGAGGCUCCACUAAGAACUGCAUGCCCACCUGGUGUGCCAAAUGGUGUUGUGAGCAACUUUGAGAUCAAAGUGUGUGAUGGGUGUGCAAACCCCUAUUUAGCCUUGGCUUCUAUAAUUGUUGCAGGGCUUGACGGUCUUCGCAGACAUUUAAAGCUACCUAAACCUGUUGAUCAAAAUCCGGAUAAUCUCAAAGAAGAAAUUCAAAGAUUGCCAAAGUCUCUUUCUGAAUCUCUAGAAGCUCUAGAGAAGGACACUCUGAUGAGGGAUUUGAUUGGUGAAAAGCUCUUAACUGCAAUUAAGGGGGUGAGAAAGGCUGAAAUCAAGUACCAUGCCGAGAACAAGGAUGCAUACAAGAAACUUAUACACAGAUACUAAGGUGACUUUAAUGACCUAGUUAGAUUUCUCGACAAAGAACAGCUGAAUAAUAAAGUCACUGCAUUGGUAAGACUUUGAAACACCAGUUUUGUUGAUUAUUCUGCUAUAACUCUAUUUCAUGCCUCCUCCUAAAAAUGAUUUCAGGACCAAUUGUUUCACAAUAAUUCUAUUUGCAAGUGGUCUGUUUUUGCCCGGAUGUGCAUGUGGCAAAACAUGUUUGCAAUAAUUACUUUAAUUGCAGACAAUUAUCGUAGAAAAGCUUUCAGAAAUUGUGAAGCACUAAAUCAACAUGGUGCCAAAACUGAAAAAGUUGGCAGAUA